CCUUGGUGCGGGAGGGGCGGCCGGUUUGAAGCAGGGUCGGUCAUGGCCAGUGGCAGCUGCCAGGACUGCGAGGAGGAGGAUGAGGAAACUCUGAAGAAGUUGAUAGUCAGGCUGAACAAUGUCCAGGAAGGAAAACAGAUAGAGACGCUGGUCCAAAUCCUGGAGGAUAUGCUCGUGUUCACUUACGCCGACCACGCCUCCAAGUUAUUUCAAGACAAAAAUGCCCACGUGCCUCUGUUGAUCGUCUUGGACUCGUAUAUGAGAGUCGCUAGUGUGCAGCAGGUGGGUUGGUCACUUUUAUGCAAAUUAAUAGAAAUCUGUCCAAAUACAAUGCAAAGCUUAAUGGGUCCCCAGGAUAUUGGACAUGAUUGGGAAGUCCUAGGGGUUCACCAACUGAUUCUUAAAAUGCUAACAGUUCAUAAUGCCAGUGUCAACCUGUCAACAGUUGGAUUGAAGGCCUUAGAUCUUCUCCUAACUUCAGGUAAAAUCACUUUGCUGAUACUGGAUGAAGAAAAUGAUAUUUUCUUGUUAAUUUUUGAUGCCAUGCGCACAUUUUCAGCCAAUGACGAAGUCCAGAAACUUGGAUGCAAAGCUUUACAUGUGCUGUUUGAGAGAGUUUCAGAGGAGCAACUGACUGAAUUUGUUGAGAAUAAAGAUUAUAUGAUAUUGCUAAGUACAUUAAAACAUUUUAAAGAUGAAGAGGAAAUUGUGUUUCAUGUACUGCACUGUUUAUAUUCCCUAGCAAUUCCUUGCAGUAAUGUUGAAGUCCUCAUGAGUGGCAAUGUCAGGUGUUAUAAUAUUGUGGUAGAAGCCAUGAUAGCAUUCCCUAUCAGUGAAAAAAUCCAAGAAGUGAGUUGCUGCUUGCUCCAUAGGCUUACAUUAGGUAAUUUUUUUAAUAUUCUGGUAUUAAACGAGGUGCAUGUGUUUGUGGUGAAAGCUGUGCAGCAGUAUUCAGAGAAUGCAGCAUUACAGAUUGCAGCACUCAGCUGUUUAGCUCUCCUCACUGAGACCAUUUUCUUAAAUCAAGACUUAGAGGAAAAGAAUGAGAAUCAGGAGAAUGAUGAUGAAGAAGAUAAAUUGUUUUGGCUGGAAGCCUGCUACAAAGCAUUAACGUGGCAUAGAAAGAACAAGCAUGUGCAGGAGGCUGCAUGUUGGGCCCUGAAUAAUCUCCUUAUGUACCAAAACAGUUUACAUGAGAAGAUUGGAGAUGAAGAUGGCCAGUUCCCAGCUCACAGGGAAGUGAUGCUCUCGAUGCUGAUGCAUUCUUCAUCAAAGGAAGUCUUCCAGGCAUCUGCAAAUGCAUUGUCGACUCUGUUAGAACAAAAUGUUAAUUUCAGAAAGAUCCUGUUAUCAAAAGGAAUAUAUCUGAAUGUAUUGGAGUUAAUGCAGAAGCAUAUACAUUCUCCUGAAGUGGCUGAAAGUGGCUGUAAAAUGCUAAAUCAUCUUUUUGAAGGAAGUAACACUUCCCUGGAUACAAUGGCAGCAGUGGCCCGCAAAAUAAUAACAGUUAUGAGAAGUCAUGAGAUGUCAGUAUCAGUGCAGCUGGAGGCACUUCGAGCUAUUUUACAUUUUAUAGUUCCAGGCAUCCCAGAAGAAUCCAGGGAAGAUACUGAAUAUCAGCAUAAGCUAAGUAUGGUUAAAAAACAGUGUUUCAGGAAUGAUAUUCACAAAUUGGUCCUAGCGGCUUUGAACAGGUUCAUUGGAAAUCCUGGGAUUCAGAAAUGUGGAUUAAAAGUAAUUUCUUCUAUAGCACAUUUUCCUGAUGCAUUAGAGGUGUUAUCCCUGGAAGAUGCUAUUGAUUCGGUGCUUCACACACUGCAGAUGUAUCCAGAUGACCAAGAAAUUCAGUGUUUGGGUUUAAGUCUUAUAGGAUGUUUGAUUACAAAGAAGAAUUUAUGCAUAGGCACUGGGCAUCUGCUGGCAAAAGUUCUGAUUUCCAGCCUACAACGAUUUAAGGAUAUUGGUGAAAUACAGAUGAAAGGAUUUCAGACAAUCUUGACGGUACUGGAAUUGUCAGUGUCUUUUUCCAAGCUGCUGGUGCAUCAUUCCUUUGAUUCAGUAAUAUUCCAUCAGUUGUCCUCCAACAUCAUGGAGCAAAAGGAUCAACAGUUUCUAAAUCUUUGUUGCAAGUGCUUUGCAAAAUUGGCCAUGGAUGAUGAGUUAAAAAGUGUGAUGCUAGAGAGAGCAUGUGAUCAGAAUAACAGCAUCAUGGUCGAAUGCUUGCUUCUGUUGGGAGCGGAUGCCAAUCGAGCAAAAGAAGCAGCUUCUUUAAUUUGUCAGGUAUGUGAGAAAGCGAGCAGUCCCAAAGUGGUAGAACUGUUACUGAAUAGUGGAUCCCGUGAGCAGGAUGUACGGAAAGCUCUAACAAUCAGCAUUGGGAAAGGCGACAGCCAAAUCAUCAGCUUACUCUUAAAGAGGCUUGCCCUGGAUCUGGCCAAUAAUAGCAUCUGCCUUGGAGGAUUUUGUAUGGGAAAAAUUGAACCUUCUUGGCUUGGUCCUCUAUUUCCAGACAAGACAUCUAAUUUAAGAAAAGAGACAAAUAUAGGAUCCACCCUAGCGAGAAUGGUGCUCAGAUAUCAGAUGAAAAGUGCUGUGGAAGAAGGAACAGACUCAGGCAGCAGUGGGACUUUUUCUGAAGAAAUACUUGAUAAAUUUGAUGAAUGGACCUUCAUUCCUGAGUCUUAUGUUGACAGUGUAUUUGCUCAAAGUGAUGACCUGGAUAGUGAAGGAAGUGAAGGCUCAUUUCUUGUGAAAAAGAAAUCAAAUUCAAUUAGCGUAGGAGAAUUUUACCGAGAUCCUGCCUUGCAGCGUUGCUCACCAAAUUUGCAAAGACAUUCCAAUUCAUUGGGACCCAUGUUUGAUCAUGAAGAUUUACUGAAGAGAAAAAGAAAAAUAUUGACUUCAGAUGAUUCACUCAGAGCAUCAAAAUUCCAAUCACAUAUGAGGCAUUCAGAGAGCAUUUCUUCCCUGUCUUCUGAGAGAGAAUAUAUUACAUCUUUAGACCUUUCAGCAAAUGAACUAAGAGAUAUUGAUGCCCUGAGCCAGAAAUCCUGUAUAAGUGGUCAUUUGGAGCAUCUUGAAAAGCUGGAACUUCACCAGAAUGCACUCACGAGCUUUCCACAACAACUAUGUGAAACUCUGAAAUGUUUGACACAUUUGGACUUGCAAAGUAAUAAAUUUACAUCAUUUCCCCCUUACUUGUUGAAAAUGAAUUGUAUUGCCAACCUUGACGUCUCUCGAAACGACAUUGGACCCUCAGUAGUUUUGGAUCGGGCUGUGAGGUGCUCAACCUUGAAACAGUUUAACCUGUCCUACAAUCAGCUAUCUUUUCUUCCUGAGAAUCUCGGUGAUGUGGUAGAGAAACUUGAACAGCUCAUUUUAGAAGGAAAUAAAAUAUCAGGAAUAUAUUCCCCUUUGAGCCUGAAGGAACUGAAGAUUUUAAACCUUAGUAAAAACCACAUUUCAUCUCUAUCAGAGGACUUUCUUGAGACUUGUCCUAAAGUGGAGAGUUUAAGUGCCAGAAUGAAUUUUCUUGCUGCUAUGCCUUUUUUGCCUUCUUCCAUGACAAGCCUAAAAUUAUCUCAAAACAGAUUUACAUGUGUUCCAGAAGCAAUUUUAAAUCUUCCACACCUGCGGUCCUUAGAUAUGAGCAACAAUGAUAUUCAAUAUCUACCAGGUCCUGUGCACUGGAGAUCUUUGAACUUAAGGGAACUCUUGUUUAGUCAUAAUCAGAUCAGUAUCUUGGACUUGAGUGAAAAAGCAUGUGCAUGGUCUAGAGUAGAGAAACUACAUCUUUCUCAUAAUAAACUGAAAGAGAUUCCUCCUGAGAUUGGCUGUCUUGAAAAUCUGACAUCUCUUGAUGUUAGUUACAACUUGGAGCUGAGAUCCUUUCCCAAUGAAAUGGGGAAAUUAAGCAAAAUAUGGGAUCUUCCUUUGGAUGAACUGCAUCUUAAUUUUGAUUUUAAACACAUAGGAUGUAAAGCCAAAGACAUCAUAAGGUUUCUUCAACAGCGGUUAAAAAAAGCUGUGCCCUAUAACCGAAUGAAACUUAUGAUUGUGGGAAAUACCGGGAGUGGUAAGACCACCUUGUUGCAGCAAUUAAUGAAAAUCAAGAAAUCAGAUCUUGGGAUGCAAGGUGCCACAGUUGGCAUAGACGUGAAAGACUGGCCCAUCCAAAUAAGAGGCAAAGGGAAGAAAGACCUCAUUCUAAAUGUGUGGGAUUUCGCAGGUUGUGAGGAAUUCUACAGCACUCACCCCCACUUUAUGACCCAACGAGCCCUGUAUCUUGCUGUCUAUGACCUCAGCAAAGGGCAAGCUGAAGUUGAUGCCAUGAAGCCUUGGCUCUUCAAUAUAAAGGCUCGUGCUUCUUCGUCCCCUGUGAUUCUUGUUGGGACACAUUUGGAUGUUUCUGAUGAGAAGCAGCGCAAAGCCUGUAUCAGUAAAAUCACCAAGGAGCUCUUGAACAAACGAGGGUUUCCUGCAAUACGGGAUUACCACUUUGUAAAUGCCACUGAGGAAUCCGAUGCUUUGGCAAAACUUCGGAAAACCAUCAUAAAUGAGAGCCUCAAUUUCAAGAUCCGAGAUCAGCCUGUUGUUGGGCAGCUGAUUCCAGACUGCUAUGUAGAACUUGAGAAAAUCAUUUUAUCAGAGCGUAAAAAUGUGCCAGUUGAAUUUCCUGUAAUUGACCAGAAACGAUUAUUACAGCUUGUGAAAGAACAUCAGCUGCAGUUAGAUGAAAAUGAGCUUCCUCAUGCAGUUCACUUCCUAAAUGAAUCAGGGGUUCUCCUUCAUUUUCAAGACCCAGCCUUGCAGUUAAGUGACUUAUAUUUUGUGGAACCCAAGUGGCUUUGUAAAGUCAUGGCCCAGAUUUUGACAGUGAAAGUGGAGGGCUGUCCAAAACAUCCUAAGGGAAUUAUUUCACGUAGAGAUGUGGAAAAAUUUCUUUCAAAGAAAAAGAGAUUUCCAAAGAACUACAUGUCACAGUACUUUAAACUCUUAGAAAAAUUCCAGAUUGCCUUGCCAACAGGAGAAGAAUAUUUGCUGGUUCCAAGCAGUUUGUCGGACCACAGACCUGUAAUAGAGCUUCCCCAUUGUGAGAACUCUGAAAUUAUCAUUCGACUGUAUGAAAUGCCUUAUUUUCCAAUGGGCUUUUGGUCGAGAUUAAUCAAUCGAUUACUUGAAAUUUCACCUUACAUGCUUUCAGGAAGAGAACGAGCACUUCGCCCAAACAGAAUGUAUUGGCGACAAGGCAUCUACUUGAAUUGGUCUCCUGAAGCUUAUUGCUUGGUAGGAUCUGAAGUCUUAGAUAAUCACCCAGAGAGUUUCUUAAAAAUUACAGUUCCUUCUUGUAGAAAAGGCUGUAUUCUUUUGGGCCAAGUUGUGGACCACAUUGACUCUCUCAUGGAAGAGUGGUUUCCAGGGUUAUUGGAGAUUGAUAUUUGUGGUGAAGGAGAAACUCUGUUGAAGAAGUGGGCAUUAUAUAGUUUUAAUGAUGGUGAAGAACAUCAGAAAAUCUUACUUGACAACUUGAUGAAGAAAGUAGAAGAAGGAGACCUCCUAGUGAAUCCAGACCAACCAAGGCUCACCGUUCCAAUAUCUCAGAUUGCUCCUGACUUGAUUUUGGCUGACCUGCCUAGAAAUAUUAUGUUGAAUAAUGAUGAAUUGGAAUUUGAACAAGCUCCAGAGUUUCUUUUAGGUGACGGCAGUUUUGGAUCUGUUUAUCGAGCGUCCUAUGAAGGAGAAGAAGUGGCUGUGAAGAUUUUUAAUAAACAUACAUCACUUAGACUGUUAAGACAAGAGCUGGUGGUGCUUUGCCACCUCCACCAUCCCAGCUUAAUAUCUUUGCUGGCAGCUGGGGUUCGUCCUCGAAUGUUGGUGAUGGAGUUAGCCUCCAAGGGUUCCCUGGAUCGCCUGCUUCAACAAGACAAAGCCAGUCUCACCAGAACGCUGCAGCACAGGAUUGCACUACAUGUGGCUGAUGGUCUGAGAUACCUCCACUCAGCCAUGAUUAUAUACCGUGACUUGAAGCCCCACAACGUGUUGCUUUUCACCCUGUAUCCCAAUGCCGCCAUCAUUGCCAAGAUUGCGGACUAUGGGAUUGCUCAGUACUGCUGUAGAAUGGGGAUAAAAACGUCAGAGGGCACACCAGGGUUUCGUGCACCUGAAGUUGCCAGAGGAAAUGUUAUUUAUAACCAACAGGCUGAUGUUUAUUCAUUUGGUUUGCUACUCUAUGAUAUUUUGACAACUGGAGGUAGAAUAGCAGAGGGUUUGAAGUUCCCAAAUGAGUUUGAUGAAUUGGCAAUACAAGGAAAAUUACCUGAUCCAGUUAAAGAAUAUGGUUGUGCCCCAUGGCCUAUGGUUGAGAAGUUAAUUAAAAAAUGUUUGAAAGAAAAUCCUCAGGAAAGACCUACUUCUGCCCAGGUCUUUGACAUUUUGAAUUCAGCUGAGUUAAUCUGUCUGAUGAGGCGUAUAUCAAUACCUAAAAACUUUACUGUUGAAUGCAUGGUUGCUAUGAAUCAUAACAGCAAGAAUGCAAGCAUUUGGCUGGGCUGUGGGCACACUGACAAAGGACAGCUCUCCUUUCUUGACUUAAAUACAGAAAGAUACACUUCUGCGGAAGUUACUGAUAGUAGAAUAUUGUGCCUAGCCUUGGUGCAUCUUCCUGUUGAAAAGGAAAGCUGGAUUGUAUCUGGAACACAGUCUGGCAUGCUCCUCGUCGUCAAUACUGAAGAUGAGAGAAAGAGGCACACUCUUGAAAAGAUGACUGAUUCUGUUACUUGCUUGUAUUGCAAUUCCUUUUCCAAGCAAAGCAAGCAGAAAAAUUUCCUUUUAGUGGGAACUGCUGAUGGCAACUUAGCAAUUUUUGAAGAUAAAACGGUUAAGUGUAAAGGAGCUGCUCCUUUGAAGACACUCAAUAUAGGAAAUGUCAGCACUCCACUGAUGUGUUUGAGUGAAUCCGUGAAUUCAACCGAGAAAAACAUUAUGUGGGGAGGAUGUGGUACAAAAGUUUUCUCAUUUUCUGAUGAUUUCACCAUUCAGAAACGGAUUGAGACCAGGACAAAUCAGCUAUUUUCUUAUGCAUCGUUCAGUGAUUCCAACAUCAUAGCAGUGGUGGUAGACACGGCUCUUUAUGUUGCUAAGAAAAAUAGCCCAUUUGUGGAAGUAUGGGACAAGAAGACUGAAAAACUCUGUGAACUGAUAGACUGUGUGCACUUUUUAAAGGAGGAGCUGGUCAAAGCAAACAAGGAAGCGAAACACCAAAUGUCUUAUUCUGGGAGAGUGAAAACUCUCUGCCUCCAGAAGAACACUGCCCUCUGGAUAGGGACUGGGGGGGGCCAUAUCUUACUCCUUGAUCUUUCAGCUCGUCGAAUCAUCUGUAUAAUUCACAGCUUUUGUGAUUCUGUUAGGGCCAUGAUGACUGCACAGUUAGGAAGCCUUAAAAAUGUCAUGCUGGUUUUGGGGUAUAACCGGAAGAGUAUUGAAGGUAUGCAACAUCAAAAAGAGAUACAGUCCUGCUUGUCUGUUUGGGACAUCAAUCUUCCACAUGAAGUGAAAAAUUUAGAAAAACAUAUUGGAGUGAGAAAAGAAUUAGCUGAAAAAAUGAGAAGAAUAUCUGUUGAAUAAGAGAGAUCUUGGAAAUCUUUGUCUUUGGAUGGGAAAAUUAUUAUCUUGUAAAUAUUCUUUUAAAAAUGUUUAUAUAUAAAAAGGGUAUUUCAGGGCUUCCCUGGUGGCGCAGUGGUUGAGAGUCCGCCUGCCGAUGCAGGGGACGCGGGUUCAUGACCCGGUCUGGGAGGAUCCCACAUGCCGCGGAGCGGCUGGACCCGCGAGCCAUGGCCGCUGAACCUGCGCGUCCUGAGCCUGUGCUUCCCAACGGGAGAGGCCACAACAGUGAGAGGCCCGCGUACCGCAAAAAAAAAAAAAAAAAAAAAAAGGGUAUUUCCACUACUUGCUGUUUGCUACUGUGUAUAUGAAGGACUGUUUAUAGGUUUUAUUUUGUAAAAAUGUAUAAAAUUAAUGUUUCUUAUAUAUCCUAAUUAAUCUUGUGGAUUAAGUAAUGAAAGGAAAUCGAAAAAGUACUUAAUUGCAGUACUCGUAGUGAAAUUUACAAAGUGGAUAAUUUUUUGUUUUGUUACUCAUAAUGAAGGUAAACUUUAUUUUAUAUUCUGUGAUUGACAGGUCUAUUGCUGGACUACUUUCUAGAUAUUCUAUAAAAUAGAAUAAAAAUGUUAGAACAGUUUUACAUGUAAUACAUUCCUUCUUAGAUUGCUUUUAAAUGAAGUUAUCAUAUAUGCUUGUAAAUAGUCAGUGAAUUUGCACUAAUAAAGCCCUUUGUUGGGAUGUGAGUUCUUUUUGUUCCUGAUGCAAGGAGUACAUCUCAUACAACUUCACUUUAUCUAAAAGAAAAUGCCAUGAAACGUGCUGAUAAGAAACCAACAUAUUGUCAAAAUCCUCCUCUCCAAGAAAGACAUGCCACUCUCUUUUCCUAUGUUACAACUCUGCCUUUGAAUAUGGAACCCUGAAGUUUUAUAAUUGGUGUAAAUAAAAUGUUCAGUCCUUCAAGUGAUAUUUUUAUGUUUUAAUUUUGAUUCUAAGUGCUAAGCCAGACCACUGGCUACUUGUUCCUAAUUUUCUUCACUCCAAAUGUUUCUACUCUUCUUCCUAAAUUUGUGACCCUGCAAAUUCUACAUCAUUCAGGUAGAAACUAUUUUCAGAAUUAUAGAAUUCUACAACUCCCACUAAGACCAUUGGGACAAGAAUGUAACAUACCAGUUUGCUGAAGAAGAGAGGAGCUUUAGCUAUAAUUGUACCUGUUAACCUAGUCUUCUAAAUUAUACUUAAAUUGUUUAAAAAAAUUCCCAUGGUAGGAGUAUCGGGGCUGAGUACCUAGGUAACCAUUUAAAUGUCAUUUCUGCUUUAAGAAAAUACAUUUUUGGUAAAUCUGUUGACCCUGGCCAAUAUUUAUAAUUUCAAACAAUUCCCUAUGAUAGGAUAACUAGCCCAUUUAAUAAUCUCAAAACUGAGAAUUUUAUUGUAUGAAGACUAAAUUUCUUUAUAUUAAGGGUAAUUACUAAAUUCUUAACCCUGAAAGGUUCUCCAUUUUUCAGAGGACCUAUAUUUUAAUUUGUUGUGUAGUUCAAAAAAAAGUCAGAAAUGAUGGAGCUAUUUGUUCCUGUGAUAUUUCUCAUUGUUACUUUGUAUUCAUAUGCCAAAGACAAUUAUGGAGAAAUAGGUAAAUGAACAUUGUAUUUAAAUGAAGCAAUAAACAUUUUUUAAAACAUGUUUGUGAAUUUUAAAACUUUGUGAUAAUGUUUUAUUUUUCACAUAUAAGUCUGUAAUCCAUCUAAACUUUGUAUUCAUCUGUGUAUGUGACAUUCCGCUAUAGGAGUUGCUAACUGAAGUAUUCUCCUGGAGCUUUAUUCAAUUUUCUAUAGUACAACUAGUUGUCAGGAUCUCGGGAUAAAACCCAAUGGGCAUAAUGUAUUCUAUUUUCAAAUUCUCAUAAAAAUUUUCUUAAGAAGAAUGGUUCACUCUUGAGUACUGUUAAAAAAAUAAGACUUUAGAACAACCGAUUUAUUAAAAAAAUAGUCAUUUAAUUUUUUUUUCUGAUUUGAACCCUAGUGUAAACUGCUAAUCAUUAUCAAAACGUAAGCAUUUAUCUUAACAGAAAAUAUACUUUGAGGGAAGUUUAGAUAUAAAGAAAAGGGAGCUUCUCUGAAUCUAAUUCUGGCAGGCAUUAUUGAUUAUGUGUGAACUAUUUAUUUUUCAUCUGGACGGUAAGAUAUAUUGAUGAAACAGAACAGAAGUAGCAAAAAAGAUUGCCUUCUUGUCAGUUCUAUUGCUGCUUACUGAUUUACCUUUCUAUCCUACAUUGGUCUAAAUUCCAUGUCGGCCUAUUACAGCAAGGGGAUUUCCUCGUGUCAAAAUGAAAGUGGUACUUGCAAAGAGUUAACAGGAUUUUUUUCUGUAUUUACUGAAAUAAGCAUAUUAAGUGCAACUCUGUCAAUGGUAUUAACUAUGGACAUACUUAAUUUUUUAAUAUGAAGAUCAGUGUACUUGAUAGGGUUUAUGAUUUUCUCUCCUCCAAUGAAUUGCCUGUGGCUGCUGAUUUCCAGAUGGUACAUCCCUAUUCUGAGCUGGGUAAUGUUUUGUGUACAGAGUGGAGUGAGAUUACUCUGAUUUUUUGUUGUUGGGGGGGUGGGGUAGGAGUGGGAGUAGAGAGAGCGGUGUGGUGGAAGAUCAUCCAAUGAAAACUCUUCUGCCUUAGCACAGAAUUAUUUUUUCUAUGUAACUUCCAUGUACUACACUCAACAUCUCUUUGCUCCCUUCCCCUCCUACAAUAUGGGUUUUUAAAAAAUUUAUCUGUUUCAUAUCCACUAUGUUUGAGCUACAUUACUGGCUAGCACAAUGCUCCUGGCACAUAAUUAUAUAUGGGAAAUUUAAUUUGGCAUUCAAAACCUUCUAUGAAUUUCUGAUAAUUUCUGGACAGUUCUUUCUUCUUGCAGUAGGAGAUUAUAAAAUAAAUGAGAUCAUUUCAGUUUUAUGUGACUAGAAUUCUUGAAUAAAGGUGGGAGUAUCUUUGUUUAGCGAGAGAGAUUUUAUUUCAAAGAUGAACAUAAAUUCAGCCACAUACAAUAGAAUGUCUUCACUGAUAUAUAUUUAUUUCAAAAGUAAACACAAGUAGUAACAAUAUGUAGCAAUACCCUUAGUGAAAUGUUAGUCUUUUAAGUCAACUCAAUCCCAUUUUCAUAAAAUGCCCUCAAUUAUUUUGUACAUUUUGGUGUUCCAUAAAGAUAAUUAGUAUGUGUCAAUUACAGAUAAAUAAGUUGUCCUUCAUCCAUAACUAUUGACAUUUUACUCUUUACCUCCACUUUUUGGUUUAUUGACUUUAUAUUAAAGAAUAUGGUUCUCCAGGUGUUGACUUACUUUCUAAAUGUCAUGAUAUAAAUUGGUCUAUAAAUUAUUUAAUUGUUCCUUCAAGUAAUUUUUACAUUUUCAAGGUAAUGUAAAUAGGAAGAGAGAAAACUGACAUAACUUGAAACAGUGACUGAAGGAGAUUUUUAUAGCAGAAUUGCACAUAAUGGAAAAAGUAAAGAAAUAGUCAACCUGUCUUCAAUCCCUAGUUGAAGGCCUACCUGUCAAAAACAUGUAGAAAAAUCUCCCUUGAAAGUUUACACACACAGCAGAAUUAAUCUUUUAAAAUUUCUUUUUUUGUUCUAUGUGUCAGAUUCAAAAAAUUUGUAGAAGUUAGGAGAUAUGCUCUGGGCUCCUGGGCCUGACCCCAUCUCCUUGUGCCAGCCAUGUUGCUUAAUCUGUCUUCAUGUUAAUGUCCUCAGAUGUCAAAAGGGACAAAAAUACUAUCACAUACAGUUGUUGUGAGAAGCAUAUUCUUAUCACUUUUAUCCCCAAACCUAAAAGAACUGUUAGCUGCUUUAUAUUUGUUGAUGAGAGAAAGGUGAAUUUUGAUGUCUGAAGCUGGUAGACGGAGCCAAUAUUCUGCUGAUUAUUCAUUCUGCUGUGUUACUUGAGUGACAGACUAAGGCCUCUGGAUUAUAUAUCAUGGGUAUCAGAGAUCGAGAAAGCUAGUAACUUGGCAUCCUGUCAAACUAAUACUUUGAAUAUUUGCUUAGCAUUUAUUUAGUGGAA